GCUGUCUGGGAGAACAUGGCACGCAUGUGUGUGAAGACCCAGCGGCUGGAUGUCGCGAAGGUGUGCCUAGGUAACAUGGGCCAUGCCCGUGGGGCCCGAGCACUGCGGGAGGCUGAGCGGGAGCCAGAGCCAGAGGCCCGGGUGGCCAUGCUGGCCAUACAGCUGGGCAUGCUGGAGGAAGCCGAGCAACUGUACAAGAAGUGCAAGCGCUAUGACCUCCUAAACAAGUUCUACCAGGCCUCAGACCAGUGGCAGAAAGCCGUGGAGGUUGCCGAGCUCCAUGACCGCAUCCAUCUCCGCACCACCUACUACAACUACGCCAAGCACCUGGAGGCCAGCUCCGACUGCGUCCUGGCCCUCGGCUACUAUGAGAAGUCGGACACCCACUACUUCGAGGUACCCAGGAUGCUAUCAGAGGACCUGCAGUCCCUGGAGCUCUACAUCAAUAAGAUGAAGGACAUGACACUGUGGAGGUGGUGGGCCCAGUACCUGGAGAGUCAGUCAGAGAUGAACGCAGCGCUGCACUACUACGAGCUGGCUCGGGACUACUUCUCCCUGGUCCGCAUUUACUGCUUCCAGGGCAACAUUCAGAAGGCUGCUGAAAUAGCCAACGAGACUGGAAACUUGGCUGCAUCCUAUCACCUCGCCCGGCAGUACGAGAGCCAGGAGGAGGUGAGACAGGCUGUGCACUUCUACACGCGGGCGCAGGCUUUCAACAACGCCAUCCGCCUGUGCAAGGAGAACGGCCUGGAUGACCAGCUCAUGAACCUGGCCCUGUUGAGCUCCCCAGAGGACAUGAUCGAGGCAGCCCGAUACUAUGAGGAGAAGGGCGAGCAGAUGGACAGGGCGGUCAUGCUGUACCACAAGGCCGGCCACUUCUCCAAGGCACUGGAGCUGGCCUUCGCCACCCAGCAGUUCGCGGCCCUGCAGCUCAUAGCGGAGGACCUGGAUGAGAAUUCGGACCCCGCCCUCCUGGCCCGCUGCUCGGACUUCUGCGUUGAGCACAAGCAGUUUGAAAAGGCCGUGGAGCUGCUGCUGGCCGCCAGGAAGUACCACAAGGCCCUGCAGUUGUGCAUAGACCAGAACUUGACCAUGACCAGGGAGAUGGCCGAGAAGAUGACUGUGUCCAAGGACUGCAAGGACCUGUCCGAGGAGUCACGGCGCGAGCUGCUGGAGCAGAUUGCCAACUGCUGCAUGCGACAGGGCAACUACCACCUGGCUACCAAGAAGUACACGCAGGCCGGGAACAAGCUGAAGGCCAUGAGAGCUCUGCUCAAGUCUGGAGACACAGAGAAGAUUGUGUUCUUUGCGGGCGUCUCUAGGCAGAAGGAAAUCUACAUCAUGGCUGCCAACUACCUGCAGUCCCUGGACUGGCGCAAGGAGCCGGAGAUCAUGAAGAACAUCAUCAGCUUCUACACCAAGGGCCGGGCGCUGGACCUCCUGGCCGGCUUCUACGACGCCUGUGCCCAGGUGGAGAUCGAUGAAUACCAGAACUACGACAAGGCCCACGGGGCACUGACUGAGGCCUACAAGUGCCUGUCCAAGGCCAAGGCCAAGAGCCCCCUGGACCAGGAGACCAAGCUGGCCCAGCUGCAGAGCAAGAUGACGCUGGUGAAGAGAUUCAUCCAGGCCCGCAGGACCUACACAGAGGACCCCAAGGAGUCCCUAAGGCAGUGUGAGCUGCUUCUGGAAGAGCCAGACCUGGACAGCACCGUCCGCACUGGAGACGUCUAUGGCUUCCUGGUGGAGCACCACGUGCAGAUGGAGGAGUACCAGAUGGCCUAUAAGUAUCUCGAAGAGAUGCGGAAGAGGCUUCCUUCUGCUAACAUGUCAUACUACGUGGAGCAGGGCACUGUGGACACUGUGCACCAGAGCCUGGGCCUCCCUCUGCCACGCAUGGCGCCCGAGAGGGUCCGCCACAACAGCAUGGAGGACCGCAAGGAGGCGGAAGAGGAGGUGGGGGAAGAGGUAGAAAAUGACCCCUAAUGGGCCUAGGCCCCCAGCAGCUGGCCAGCGUCUUGCUGCUGGGAGAGCUACUGGAAUUUGGUUCUAUUCAGCAGUAGUAGCAAACGCAGCUCUUUUGUUGGAAGAAAACCAUUUCUGUAUCGCAGCACGUAAGCAGGCAGUG